AUGUUCUCCAGCUUCGGCUUCGCAGACCCCUACGCAACAGCUCCGCGCCCCUCAAACCGCCGCUUCAAUGAAUACUUCCGCUGCUACUCUAUCUCCAUGCUUCCCGGCCCUCCUCGCCCCUCUCUCAACCACGGUGGGAAAUUGAUCCUUCCCUCGACUGCACUCGAUAAACUCACCCGUCUCAAUAUCUCGUACCCGAUGUUAUUCGAGUUGGAGAAUGCGAGUACGGGAUUGAAGACUCAUGCGGGCGUGUUGGAGUUCAUCGCGGAGGAAGGAAGGGUGUAUAUGCCUUGGUGGAUCAUGGUGAGGUUAGGACUCGAUCAGGGGGAUUUGGUCAAUUUGAGGAGUACGACGCUCAUGCUCGGCACCUUCGUGAAGCUCCAACCCCAGAGCGUUGAUUUCCUGGACAUCUCGGACCCGAAAGCCGUUCUCGAGAGUGCGUUGAGGAAUUUUUCGUGUUUGACGAAAGGUGAUGUUUUUAGUAUCGAAUACAACGAGCAUGAAUACCACAUCGCCGUACUCUCCGUCAAACCUGGACCAUCCGAACCAGAAACCGACGAUGACGAAGACUCAGAUAUCGAAGAACUGGAUCCACCCCCCGGCAUCUCCGUCGUCGAAACAGACCUGAGCGUCGAUUUCGCCCCUCCGAUUGGGUAUGUCGAGCCCACGCCCCAAAGCAGAGGGUCGAAUGGCGCGAGUGGGACGUCGACGCCGGCGAGUACGAGUGGGCAGGGGAGUAUGCACGCUCGUCUCGAUUUCGCACGUCUCGCUGCCACGAACUCGGGUCGAGCAUCACCCUUUGCUGGUACAGGUCAAAAGUUGAGUGGGAAAGCGGUGCAGGAGGGGCAUAAGGUGCAUGAUGCGGCUAUCAAAGCUCAGGCGGGAAAACCUGAGGACCGUGGUGCGCCGGCACCGUUGCGGUUACCGUUUGGUCAGCUGUUCUUUGGGUACGAAGUCGUGCCUGUUAAAAAGUCUGGUGAAGCGGAGGGGGAGGUCGAGGUCAAGUUUUGGGGGGAGGGACAGUCACUUCGUGGAAAGAAAAAGGGUGCAGACACGGCUGUGAAGAAGGAGAAGGAGGAGGAGAAGGCGAAACCGAGGGUUGUGGGGCGUACGCUUGGUGGGAAGGAGGUUACUGAGAUUGAUUGAGCCGAACGUGAAGCUGGAGGAAGGAAGCUUAAGGGAUGGAGGGAGAAGAGAUGAUGACUUUGCAUAUUAUUGGCGUUUUUGAUUGCUAUUGAAUGAGAUGAUACCCUUCACC